AUGCUUGCUCAUGCCAGAAGGUCCGUUCGUAAAUUUGCGACUGCCAGCUCUAUACCAGUUGCACCAGCAGGAUUUGAAUCUAGAACUCCACCAUAUGCUAAACUCCUGAGAAAUUUAGAACAGGUUCAAAAGGUCUUGAAUGGUCAGCCUUUAACCUUAGCUGAGAAAAUCUUGUAUUCCCAUCUUGUCAAUCCAGAAGAAAUUGCAUCUAAUGUAAGAGACAUUAGAGGUUUACAAUAUUUGAAACUUAACCCUGACAGAGUCGCAAUGCAAGAUGCAUCAGCUCAAAUGGCACUUUUGCAAUUCAUUACAUGUGGUAUGAAAUCAACAGCUGUUCCGGCAUCGAUUCACUGUGAUCACUUAAUUGUCGGUAAAGAGGGUGCAGAUACUGAUCUAAAGGCUUCUAUCUCAACAAACAAAGAGGUUUUUGAUUUCUUGCAAUCAUGUGGAGAAAAGUUUGGUAUUCAAUUUUGGGGUCCAGGUUCUGGUAUCAUCCACCAAAUUGUUUUGGAAAAUUUUUCAGUUCCUGGUUUGAUGAUGUUGGGCACUGACUCUCACACUCCAAAUGCGGGUGGUUUGGGUGCUAUUGCAAUUGGUGUCGGUGGUGCAGAUGCUGUUGACGCUUUAACCGGGACCCCCUGGGAAUUAAAAGCACCGAAGAUUUUAGGAGUCAAACUAACCGGUGAAUUGAAUGGCUGGACCUCUCCGAAGGAUGUUAUUACCCACUUGGCUGGCCAGCUGACCGUUAGAGGUGGUACUGGUUAUAUUGUUGAAUAUUUUGGUGACGGUGUUAAAACAUUAUCGUGUACUGGUAUGGCAACCAUCUGUAACAUGGGUGCUGAAAUUGGCGCAACUACUUCAACAUUCCCCAUGCAAGAAGCACAUCAUAAAUACUUAACUGCAACUGGUAGAGGUCCAAUUGCAGACCUUGCAAGAGACGUAAAUAACCAGUACGGCUUCUUGAGAGCUGAUGAAGGUGCAGAGUAUGAUCAAAUCAUCGAAAUUGAUUUAAAUACUUUAGAGCCAUCAGUUAAUGGUCCAUUUACACCAGAUUUAUCCACCAAAAUAUCAGAGUUAAAAGCAGUAACUAAAGAGAACCAAUGGCCAAAUGAAGUAUCAGCAGGAUUGAUUGGCUCAUGUACGAACUCCUCUUAUCAAGAUAUGACUAGAGCAGUUUCAAUCAUCAAGCAGGCAGAAAAAGUUGGUCUAAAACCCAAGAUACCUUUUUUUGUCACCCCUGGUUCUGAACAAAUCAGAGCUACUAUGGAGAGAGAUGGCUUGAUUGAUACUUUUGAGAAGAACGAUGCCAUUGUGUUGGCUAAUGCCUGUGGUCCAUGUAUUGGUCAAUGGGACAGAGGAUCCGAUGCUCCUAGUGGAGAAAACGUUAUUUUCACAUCUUUCAACAGAAACUUCAAGGCCAGAAAUGACGGAAACAGAAAGACAAUGAACUUCUUGACUUCACCGGACAUUGUUACUGCUGUUAUCUACUCAGGUGAAAUGGGUUUUAAUCCUUUGAAAGACUCUAUCAAGUUGCCAAAUGGUGAGGAUUUCAAAUUUCAGCCACCAAAUGGUGAAGAUUUACCAUCUCAAGGUUUCAUCAAAGGUAGAGAAGAAUUCUAUCCUGAGUUAGAACCUCAACCAAAACCAGAAGUAGAAAUUUCUGUAUCCUCCGACUCUGAUCGUUUAGAGUUGUUAGAGCCAUUUGAUAAAUGGAACGGAGAAGAAGUAGAAACUACUGUUAUCUUGAAAGUUGAGGGUAAAUGUACUACCGAUCAUAUUUCUGCUGCUGGUGCGUGGUUAAAGUAUAAAGGCCAUUUGUCUAAUAUUGCAAACAAUACUCUUAUUGGUGCAGUCAAUAAGGAGACUGGCGAAGUUAACACAGCUUAUGAUUUAGAUGGAAGUAAAUUCUCUAUUCCAGAUUUGAUGUUCAAGUGGAAGGAGGAAAACAGACCUUGGAUCGUUGUUGCUGAGCACAACUAUGGUGAAGGUUCAGCAAGAGAACAUGCUGCGUUACAACCAAGAUUUUUAGGCGGUAAAAUCAUCCUAACUAAAUCUUUUGCACGGAUUCAUGAAACUAAUUUGAAGAAACAAGGUAUGUUACCUUUGACAUUUGCCGAUGAAGCUGACUAUGACAAACUAUCCUCUGGUGAUAUUCUAAAAACACUCAACUUGAAGGACAUGGUUGCCAAGAAUGGAGAUAAUGGUGGAGUCAUUCAAAUGAAAGUCACCAAGAAGAGUGGUGAGCAAUUUGUCAUUGAUUGCAAGCACACGAUGUCCGCUGAUCAAGUCGCUUUCUUUAAGGCUGGUUCUGCUAUCAAUUACAUUGGUGAAUCUAAAAAAUAA